AUGGCGGCGGUUGCGCUCUACUUUGAAUCUAGGGGCUCCAGGGCCUGUCAGUGCAGCGCGCCCCUGACGGCACGUCCUCGAGAUGAGAUGCGCCGUGGCACCGAGGGAAAACUUCGUAGCCGAGGCCGCUGUUUCCUGCGCUUUCGAUCGCCCGUCGGCGCUGCGGGUUGUAAUUUUCGAAGACUCUGCGAAGUUGGCGCGCGGCUGCGGGGGACGCUAUUCCGUAUAAUCUAUUACCGCCGUAAACUGUCAGAUCAGCCCGGCCAGCGCCUCGCGCCCCUUCAGACACUUUAUCCUCGGAACUUGGACCCGAGAUUGGUGCGGCUACAGUUGGGACGCGCUUUGGAUGUGUGGGCCCAAAACUCAAAGCUCACUUUCAGUGAAGUAGAUAGUAAAAGAGCAGAUAUUUUAGUAUAUUUUGAAAGAGGCUACCAUGGAGACGGUUAUCCUUUCGAUGGCCGAGGACAAAUUUUAGCUCAUGCCUUUUUCCCUGGAGAUGGGAGAGGUGGUGACGCUCAUUUUGACGAAGAGGAAAAUUGGCUUCUCAACGAAGUGUCGGAUGAAAGUGAAGGGACUAGCCUUUUUGCAGUAGCAGCCCAUGAAUUUGGUCAUUCUCUUGGAUUGUCACAUUCAUCUAUGCCUGGAGCACUUAUGUACCCUUGGUAUCAGGGAUCCAAAGAAGAUGGAAAAAAAUGGGGACCUUUUAUCACCUCGAAACCUCAUCGACCACCGCCAACAACUACAACUACUACCACUACUACAACUACUACAAGGAAACCAUAUGUUCGACCAACAAAACGAAGAGAUCCACCAAGAUACACUCCUCCUCCUCCCAGGUAUCCAGUUCAUUAUCCUACUGAAGAAGAGGAUGAUAAACCAAAUGGUUGUGAGAUGAGUUACGAUGCAAUCAGUGUCAUUCGAGGAGAAGUCUUUAUUUUCAAAGGAAGAUAUCUUUGGCGGAUUGGAAAUGAUGGACUACUUCCUAAUUAUCCUGCUGAAAUUCGUCGCUUAUGGCAUCGCUUGCCUGAAAACUUGACUCAUGUUGAUGCUGUUUAUGAAAGAAAUGACAAGAAGAUUGUAUUCUUCAUAGGAAAAAUGUACUACACAUUUGAUGCUAAUACACUGGAAAGCAGGCGUCCUUUAACACAUUUGGGUUUGCCAGAAUCGCUUCAAAAAAUUGAUGGAGCAAUGGUGUGGGGACAUAACAAGAAGACAUACUUCUUCAGUGGAACUAUGUACUGGAGGUUCGAUGAGGAUGUUGGAAAAGUAGAACUGGACUACCCAAGAGAUAUGUCUAUGUGGAAGGGAGUAGAUUACAAUAUUGACACUGUCUUCCAGUGGAAAGAUGGAAAGACAUAUUUCUUCAAAGGAAAAGGCUAUUGGAAAUUUAAUGACUAUCGAAUGUCGGUGGAGAAUGAAAGACAAUUACCCUCUGGGCCCAAGUGGCUGGGGUGUCCUCUGUCAGAAAGAUCCAAUGAACAUAAACAUUAUUCUUUAGGGAACAGAGGUGAGCCAGAAGACACUAACUUCAAUACAUCAUCAUCUGCUUGUACAAGACGUUUGCAUACUGUGGCUGGAGUGAUUUUAAUUACACAUAUAAUUGGAUUUAUUAGGAUUUUAAUCAAGUUCUUAUAGGUAUAUUUGCUAUGAUACUAGAUGUAUUGUACCAUGUACAAUACAAGAAGUUCUAUAUAUGUGUGACGUUUUUCGGAUUGUGAUUGCAAGUGAUAAACAAUUCUAACCAGUUGGAGUCACAGGUUCCAGUGCAAGUCUUGCUUAAAAGUGAUACAGUGUAAUUCAUUGCAAAUGUUUUUUUAUGGUCUUGCAUUUGCUUAUUAUUAAACAAUAUAGCAUUACUUGAAAUUUCUGAAUUUAAUAAAGAAAAGUGAUACACUGAAAACAUGCAUUAUAAUGUAUAUGAAUGUUGUAUUUUCUUUUCUUUUUGCAUGUGUGAAUCUUAAUUAUUAGCCCUUGUUCAUGCUGAGAUGAAGUCCAUCGAAAGGUAUACAUUGUCAUUAGUUCAGCAUUAUUUCAUUAUCUGUGAGCAAAAAUAUUUAAGUUUGCCUUCUCCUUUUUCUGUUUUAAGAAUUAGUCAUUCAGUUAAUGAUUGAAUGAUUCACAAUAAAUUUAUUGUGAUUUUAUCCCUUAGAAUUUUUCUUACUGUUGUGGGAUUUUGCACAAGAGACCUUUUACAUAAUUGAAAUUAAAAUUAGCUUUUCAGUAGUAGAAACAUUUUUUUUUUUUAAUUUAUGAAAACACUUUUAAACUCCUGCUCUAACCUGUGAAAUCUAUCAAAUAUUUCACUGCCAUCUGAAGACCAUUUCAUUAUGUUUGUAGAAUUAUGAUUUUUGUUAGCAAUUGUGGGUAUGCAACUUGGAAUGAAACUAGGGCAUCUCAGUUUGUUAAUCAACAGAACCUCUGCUCAAUUGUUCACAUAUUUCUAACAGUAUUGCUUCAGAAUUUGAAUGCAUGUGCUUUAUACACAAAGAUCUCUAAAUUAUAUGAAUUUAUUUUAUAUAUUUAUUGGCUAAAGAAUUAUAUGUAUAUUGCAUUCUUGGUGGACACUCAUAGUUACUAAUAUCAUAUAUUUUGAAAGUGUUGUUAAUGCUAUUGUUACUUGUUGGGUGUAUCACCAAUGUGUCAGUGAUUGUGAAAAUUGUGCCUCAUAAAUUUGUGUGAAGAAAUUUGUCUAUAUAAUACUGUCAAGAUCAUUUUACAUGAACUAUUUGUGAUAGAAGACUCCUCCACGUCAGAAGCAUGUUGUUAAUAGUAAUUCCAACCAGAUAGCGAGGCAAAAUUCAGAAAACAUACAGUGUAUCACAUACAUUAAAGUUUUUGUCAUCUUCACUGAUGCAGUUGUAAAAGACUGAAGUAAUGUAUAUUUUAUUAUUUAUUGAUUUCUGCUUUUAUAACUGCUUGAAUUUGGUGGUAAGUUAGCAAUUGUGACAUUCAAUAAUUUUAAAAUUUGAAAGUAGAUGAAAAUAUGAUGCCACUUGAAAUAAACAGUUACCAAUAGUUAGAAAAAUGUACACCGAAUGGUGGUUCAAUUGAUUGGAUUUUAUUGCAUUUAUUGUUUGAUGCGUUUAACAAAGUUCCAGGCCUAACUUCAAAAACUAUUGAAAUUGGAACUUUUAAGGAACCAAUGUUGUUGUUAUAGCCAUUUGUUUACUAAGUUAACAUGUGUGCCUAUACAUGGCUGAGUAUUUUUUGUACCUCCUUGCUAUACGUUACGAGAAAAUAAAUAUUUGUGCAAGAUAUAUUUGUAACAAUGUUGACUACCAUGAAACAAAAGAAAUGACUCAUAUCUAAAAAACACCAAAUGGCAUGCAAAUUAUAAAAAUACAAAUUGUUUGAUUUGAUGUCAAUAAUGCAUUUUGAGGAGUUUUUAGAGGUAUCAAUAGUAGAAAAAUAUGAUUCUUUGUAAGUGAGAUGGGUUUUAAUGAUAAGUCUUUAAAUUAAUUGGUAUUUGGUAGUAAGGAAAAAAUAGAUUAAUAUCUUAAUUAGAUUAUUUUUCAUUUUAUAGAAAAAUACAUCUGUUUUUUUUUGUCACAAUAGUACGUAUUUUCAAUGAUAUUUAUUCAAUGAUGCAUAUUCUUAUGAUAAACAAUAUUUAUAUAUUUUCACUAUGUGGAUGUUGCAAUACAAGCAAUAUUGUUCUGAUUUCUACUCUUGAAUUCAAAUUUUUCUUAUAGAUUUUUCAAUUUAGUAUACUUGUUGCUCACAUUAAUUAUUAUGAGAAUUCUGUAUCUUGCAUAGGAGGAAGAUAAAUAUAUUAAUUUCUAAAAGCCAUGAAAGUCAGAAAUCACAUUUCAGUCAGUUUUAAGUCAGAUUAGGCAUUAGCUUUUAUACAAAUUGAAUAAACUGUUGUCAAAAUACGUAAUUCUCUUUCCAAACUUUAAAACUUCUGACACAAAGUUUAUCCAGUAAAUGCAAUUUUUAAUAUUAUUUUCCUUCAAUGCAAGGCAUAGAUGGUGUGAAUGUACCAUUGCCACUGAAAGCAGAGUGAAGAAAACAUGAGGAAUACUCCUGUAACAGUUGACCAAACCAAUUGUAUUUAGACAUAUAUUAGCAAUUAGUCAUGAAAUUUUAUUUGGGAUAUCUGAUGAAAAUUUUAAACGGCUGUGUGGAGGUAGGUGCAAGUAGAUUAUUCAGUUUGUAAUCGCUGUGAUAUUUAUUUUUCAAUACAAUUGUAUAGAUCAGCUUUGUAUCGUUUACUUAAAAUAAGCAUUGUCAAAAAUAUGUAUAUUAUGAUUUAAUAAAAUUUUUUGUUGAAUUUUUAUAGAUUGUAUAAAUAGGUUUCAAUCAACACCUGAAAUUUCUACUAGAUACCUAUCGUAUUUUACCUAUGAAAGUAACACAAAUUUGCUUGAGAUUUCUUUAUCUUUGAUGCAUUAAUUUUUGAAUUGUAAUUGAAUACCUUUCUUUCUUAAACAUGCUGUCACAUCAAACAUGCUAGGGUUUCACUCUUAUCUUUUGACUGAUAAUUAUUAGACAUUUUUUAAUAUUUCCAUAUGCAAGACAAUGUUCAAGGGAAGUAUUAUUCUUUAGGAUAAUAUGGAUUAUUUUAUUGAUGCAGUUUAAAAACAUCCCUCACAAUUGUAGAUACCAGAAAUUUGCUCACUGAUUAGAGAAUACAUUAUUUUGUAUGGGACUGGAGGGCUCUUAUAAGAAAUGAUUAUUUAAAUAGGUGGUCAUUGGAAACUAUUAUUUAAAGUGGUUCCCCAGCAAUACAUUUUCCAGAAAUACAACAAUUAAUUAGAAAAAUAAUUUAGUACGUUUAAAAUCUUGUAAAAACAGAACUUUAACAUGACAGUACAAAUUCACAAUAAUAUAUAUUGUUAUUGGUUAAAUUAAGAAGAAUUGGUGUCUAGUGUGUAACGUAAGUCUGAGGAAAUAAAUAGAUCAGGUAUAUGCCCAAAGAAAUUUGUUACGAAGCCUUCACCACCACUUACAAAUUACAUAAAAAGUUGCUUGAACUUCCAGGAAACAUGUGAUCUUACAGUACUAACAGUGUUCAUCCUUAUUCCUUUUGAAGUUCAAACAAGAAAUCAAGUCUUGCAUGGACAUUUCAUUAAGUUUGUCAGCCAUUAUCAAAGAAAUUUGUUCAGAAAACUUACAUUGUAAAAUUGUAAAACUAAUUAUGAAUUUGUGGGGGGAAUAUUUGCUCUACAUAACCUAAUAAUGAAUAUAUUAAGUAAACUAUUUAAUAUCAUUUCAUAAUUUAAUAUAAUAAUUAAUUAUUGAAUGCUAGGACUGAUCACAUUUUGUUGAGACUGCAAAUUCCUGUUUUUGUAAUCUAAAGAACUGUGCUAGUAGGUUAGGGGUCAUUAAAACUGUACAUAAAAACGUAAUAUUUUACUCUCUCCUCCUUAAUAAAUUUCAUAACAAAAAACAUUUAUAUGAUGUGUCUGAAUACAUCACAGCCUCCUCCCCACUUGACAACCCAGAGAAUCACAAAAGUAAUAUCAGUAGUAUAAAGUAAUUGACCUGUUAAAAGCGUAUCUUCUCGGUAACAUGUUUUUUGAAAGGCUUGAAGUGUGUAUUCUACCAGAAUGUCCUUCAAUGAGACACACAAGCAUACAUACACUUUUCAGGGGUGGACCCAGACCCAGAUUUUGGGAGGAGAAAUUUAAAAUGUUUUGGUCGAAUGUGUUAUAUUACAGAUUACAGUAAAAUGUCACAGGCUGCGCUCGGC